CUAUGACGGAAUCAAAAAUCCAGCAUUCAAAGUGGCUCAUUCUCCGCGCCAUUUAGCCAUUGGCCUACACCAUCAUGUUGCCCCCCGCUUCGUGAACAUUGGUUAUGCUGACCAGACAUCAGAGACUGGAUGCUCAAUGCCAAGACACUCUGACUGAGAAGGGGGGCUUUCAAGACGCGUUGAGAGAUGUAUCGUCUUGUAUUUCCCUCUUACUCACCAUUCUUCUCACUAACCUCAUCCAAAAAAACAACUACAAAACAUCCUCGCAAGAGAACUCACCUGCCAUGCUCAUCUCGAGCGCCUGUGCCAUACUCUUUGCAGAUUACGCUCUCGCCCAUGUCACUGCUGGUCGGACGGGCUACGGCUUCAUCGGUUACGGUAUCAACAUGUAUCAUCCAUGGUGCGCCUCAGCCUGUCGAGAUUCCAUCUCUACCAAUGGACUCAUCUGCGACGACACCGUGUCUCAUCAUGGCGAACACCCACACGACACGAGUAUGGGCAUGAAGAAACGAGCUGGAGACAACGAAAGCCCUUCGGUGGAGUGUAUCGCUUCCAACGUGCCUUACCUGCAGUCCGUCGCUUACUGUAUCGAAACGCACUGUGAGGACGAAACGGCAGUGGACCAAGUGGAAGAUUGGUGGAAGAGAUGGAUGCUGGGUCGUGCUGUGAACCAGCCUAUCCCCAAUUUGACAUUCUCUCAGUCCCUUGCUUCCCUCUCGACGGCGCCAAACGUCACUCUUGGCGACGGUGCGGAAGAAGUAACGACCCUCCCGGUCCUCGUUGACGAGGAAACGUACGUGAUGAACUACAACGCAGCGGCCCAGUUCGAGACGAUCGAAGAGACGCAUGCAAGAUACGGGAUCAUCCUCCUUGUGACCUGUGCAGCCAUUCCCAUCGCCAUUUCUGCUUUGAGCUGGUUACCGUACCCCGCUUCCCUUGAAAACAAGCUCCGAGCCCAUCUAUUUGACGCACCUCUGCUCGCUCGACCCGUGACUCUUCCCUGGAUCGGACCUGUCAAUGUCCCUACCCGCGGUCAAAGCCUCUUCAUGCUUUACAUUAUCGGUAUGAAUAUCAUCCUCUCCGCAGCAGGAUACCGCUCAAAACAACCCAACGCAUGGUUCCCGAGCUCCAGGAUGGAGAUCUCGACUUACGUUGCUAAUCGAGCGGGCGUCUUGUCAUUCGCCAAUGUACCUCUCUUGAUCCUCUUUGCUGGUCGAAAUAACAUUCUAUUGUCCUUGACGAAUUGGUCCCAUUCGACUUUUCUCCUCCUGCACAAGGUCGUCGCGGUCCUAGCGACGCUCGAAGCAUGCUUGCAUUCCGCCAUGUACCUUCAGUUCAAGGUUGCAGAUGGAACGUAUGAGGCGGAGUCGAAGCUGGACUACUGGAUAUGGGGGAUCGUUGGCACACUCGUCAUGUCCCUCCUCUUACCAUGUUCCAUCCGAGCCAUCCGUCAACGAGCCUAUGAGGUCUUCCUGAUCACUCACAUCCUCCUAUCUAUCAUCGCCAUCGUCGGAUGCUGGUACCACAUCAUCUACCGUUUCUCCCAUCAAUGGGGAUACGACACAUGGCUGUACACAGCUAUUGCCGUAUGGGCAUUUGAUCGACUCGUCAGAUUCUUCAAGUUUGGUAGAUUCGGUCUGAAGCGAGCGAUCAUUUAUCAAAUUGACGACGACUAUUUGCGGAUCUAUAUACCUGGUAUCAAAGCUCAUGGCCAUGUCUAUGUGUACUUUCCGACUCUGACUUGGCGGGUCUGGGAGAAUCAUCCAUUCUCCGUGGCUAGCUCGAUGAGAGCUGGACUCGGUAUCCGAUCUGGGGCCUUGGCUUCAGCGAUUGAGCAGAACACAGAUGCCGAAAAGGCCUUGGAAGUCGGCUCAUCAGACGACCACGGCAUACACCCAUUCAGGUCGUCCUCUACCAACACGCUGGCAAAGUCUCCCGCUCACAACGAGGCCAGCCUCCAUCAAGAUCCGCCGCAGCGCUCGACUGGUAUCACCCUGUUCGUGCGGAAUCAAUCUGGCUUAACGAGGCUUCUCUCUAGCGUCUCGGUACCCCUCUCAACCCUCUCCUUAGGCUGUAUUCCUAGCGGAAUCCCCGCUUUUGUCGAGGGCUCAUAUGGUGCUUCUGGCCAUCAUAUCUCCGACGUGGCUUACGGUGCAGACCGUUACCCUAAUGUCUUGUUCCUGAUUGGUGGAGUGGGCAUCACAGCUUUUCUACCCCUCCUUCGAGACUUGCGACGAUAUGACACUCGCAUUCUGCCCCUCCGAUCCGUCACACUCUACUGGGGCGUCAGGACUCAAGCCCUGGUGGACGCUGUCGAGCACUUAUUGUAUGAGUCUACUUUAGAGUUGGGAUGGGGAAUGAUCGAAACGCAUGUCUCCUUAACUGAACGUCUUGACAUCGAAGACAUCCUCGAAAAGCAGUUGAGCAAGAGAGGAACAAUGGUCUUUGUUUGCGGACCCAAAGAAUUCUCCAACGAGGCGAGAAGGGUCGUGAUGCGUCAUGCUGGACAGGGCGCGGUGGUGAAGCUCGUAGAUGAGAAAUUUGACUGGUAGACGUUGCGCAGAAGAUGCGAGACUUGCUUGUCGAUGAUGAGAGUCAGUAAUAAGAAUUUCAGCAUGUCGAUAGUAGAGGAAAAUGAACAGGACCCAAGCCUCGUGAAGUAUUGAGCAAUGGCCAGAAACUGUGCUGGCAGACCCUGCAGUGCACCAGAGCACAUUCCUAUCCGUUCAGGCA